GUCAUAUACAUGUCCAUAGAAUUUUAACGCUGACUGUUGUAAGUGUAGUUUAUUGUUUGUUUAAAAAAAAAGUCUUCAUACACAGGCUAAGACUUAAUACGCUAACCCAUAGACUGAUAAAACAGAGACUGAGAAAACAGAGAGGUCGCACGGCGGAAUGGAAGAUGAAACUAAUUUCUACCGCCAGUUACCUAAAGUGGAGCUUCAUGCUCACCUCAAUGGCUCUGUCAGCGCCGAGACCAUCGACAAACUCAUCGCUCGCAAACCGCACCUCAACAUCCAACACAGCAUGACUGCCAUUCGCAGUGGUCAGCGACGGACACUUGACGAAUGUUUCCAAGUGUUUAAGGUCAUUCACCAAUUGGUUGAUACUGAAGAGGACAUUUUAAUGGUGGCCAAAGAUGUGAUCAAAGAGUUUGCAGAUGACGGAGUGAAAUACCUGGAGCUACGGAGCACUCCCCGCGAGGAGCCCAAGUCAGGACUGACAAAGAAGGGUUAUGUGGAGACGAUCAUUGGAGCCAUCCAGCAGUGCAAGGAGGAGGGAGCUGACAUCGAAGUCAGGUUCCUCGUGGCUGUUGACCGCCGAAAUGGCCCCGAGGUUGCCAUGGAGACGGUGAAGCUAGCGGAGGACUUCAUGUUGUCGAGUGACGGCGUGGUCUUGGGGCUGGAUCUCAGCGGCGAUCCUACCGUGGGCCAUGGCCGAGAUCUCCUCCCUGCUCUGCAGAAAGCCAAGAGCUGCGGACUGAAGCUGGCCCUGCAUCUCUCAGAGGUCUCGUCCCAGGCGGAGGAGUCGGAGCUCCUGCUGAAUCUCCCCCCCGACCGCAUCGGCCACGGGACUUUCCUGCACCCUGAGGCGGGCGGCACACACAGCCUCGUGGAGAAAGUCAGGAAGAAUAAUAUACCAAUGGAGUUGUGCUUGACGUCUAAUGUGAAGGGUCAGACCGUCCCCUCCUAUGAUAAACAUCACUUCCUGUAUUGGUACAAGCUGGGCCAUCCCUGUGUCAUUUGUACAGACGACAAAGGUGUGUUCUGCACCGACCUCUCCCAGGAGUACCAGCUGGCUGCCUCGACCUUUGACCUCAGCAGGGAGGCUAUGUGGGACCUAUCCCAGAAGGCCAUAGGCUGCACCUUCGCCCCCCAGUCUGUCAAGCAACGUCUAGAACAGAGAUGGGCUGAGCUAAAGCCUCUGGUUCUACAGACUUCGGUUCCUUAGAUCUCGGUUCUCCUGAGACAGAUCUGUGGACUCCAACGGUCAGGAACCCCACGUGAGCAGCACCGUGCUGCAGAGACGUAGCUGACAGUCAGAGUCACCGUCUGGACUCAGAUGAGAGCGGUCCGACUCCUACGCUCAGCUCUGACUGUGGACAACUGCACUCUAUGCUGUGAUGAAGGAAUCCAUUUACUCACACACACACACACACACACUAUAUGAUCCAUUUACUCAUUUAUUUUGCGGGUUGGAGUACGCCUUGGGAAGUGCAGAAACAUGUUUUUAAUCGCCACCAACAUGCUCAGGGUGAGCUGAUCUACCUCCACUGGAAUUAACCUGAGAUUAGAUUCAUACAGAAAACGCCUCAAAGUACUGCGCUAUUAGCCACGUUUAUACCUCCACUGGAAUUAACCUGAGAUUAGAUUCAUACAGAAAACGCCUCAAAGUACUGCACUAUUAGCCACGUUUACAUGGACAGUGUGAGCUGAUCUACCUCCACUGGAAUUAACCUGAGAUUAGAUUUAUACAGAAAACGCCUCAUAAUACUGUGUUCUCAGCCACGUUCACAUGGGCAGUUUUUUUUGUCAUUCCGAUUAAACUCUUCCGAUUGAAAAUUGUGUGCCGUCUGUUUACACGGGGUACAUUCUAUUCCGAUCUGGUGCUUUCAAGCGCUUUAAAAUCUUUCAUCGGAAUAGCCGUUGUUGGCACUUUUCAUUGGGAAUAUAUAGCAGUCAAUCCGAAUGAACAUACAGUAUACAUGGAUGUUCAUUCGGAAUAGGAACGGACUACACCACCUCUGCUCUUCCAUUCUGAUUACAAUUCUGAUCGGAUCAGGAAUGUUCAUUCCGAUUGAGGUGUUUAUGAUGAUUUUUAUUCUGAUUGAACUGUUAUUCCGUUUCUAAUCGGAAUAGAAGUGUCCAUGUAAACGUGGCUAUUGGUACUUAAUUAUUUUUUGAACAUUUUUCGAGUUUGAUGUUUUCUGUUGUUUUGAGGAAUUAGCAGUAGAAUAACAGUUACUAUGACACAUGAGCAGGGGAGUAUUCCAAGUAUGUGGUUUAGUAAAAAACCUGGGUAAGUUAACUUGGAGUAAGUGGUAAACCUCCUACAAAAAGAGUGCAAUGCCAUUGUUUUGUUAGGAGAAUGAAUCUAUACAGCUCUUCUAUUAGGAGGUUUAUCCCGUACUCUGAGUCAACUUACCCGGGUUUGUCACUAAACCACGUGCUUGGAAUACCCCCUAGGAGUUUUACGUUGGAUGAGUGAUAAAAUAAAGCUAAUUCAGAAUGAAAAUGAGGGAUUGAGACUAAUCUUUCUGAGUUGUGUGAUGGCGUGACUGAUGUUUGAGUUGUGUGAU